AACUAGAAACUCAAACGCCGCGGCAUCUAAUAAUUCUGUAUGGGUCGUGUCAUCUGGCUUGCUCUUGGCACGUAAUCUACCCUUAACCCGUUGUCUUUCUUUACAUUCAGGGAGCAAUGAAGGGUAGACUGUGAAACCUCUUAUUUUUGCUGGGCAAUCCAAUCUUUGAGCAUCAAACUACUAAAUAAAUAUUCUCUUACAUAUGGAAGGGUUGUUGGGCUUUGUGCGUUCACCAGCGGCUACUCCUAUCGCGAGCCCUUCUCUGUUCUACGCUUCAAAAUCAAAGAAAAAUAGCUGGUUGAGAGCCAAACUCAACGCUGAAAAUGACCCAUUGCUCCAAGCCGCCACUAGUGCUGCUUCACUUCGUUUCCAGGAAAUGCAUCGACCAGAGCCUCUUUUCGUGGAUCCAUAUGCUGGUUGCUUUGUUCAUCCCGAUGUACAGAUGGAUUUGAAGAAGUGCUCACACCAGUAUUGCCUUGCGACUAAAUUCAUUGAUGAUAAGUUACUUCGUACAGUGAACCAUAUCGAUGGACUCAAGCAGGUUGUUUUGUUAACAGACGGGAUGGACACUCGGCCAUAUAGGCUUAACUGGCCAACUUCAACUGUAAUAUUUGACAUAUCCUCAGAAAGGAUAUUUAAAAAGUCAGCUGAAAAGCUUCAAGGUGUUGGGGCCAAAAUUCCAAGAAAUUGCUUGUUCCUGCAUGUUCCUUUGGAGUCCUCUGAUAUACAACACAGUCUGCGUGCUAAAGGCUUUAAUGGUAAUCAGCCUAGUAUAUGGGUCGUCCAGGGACUGCCUGUUAUGACUUUGGCAAAUUUCAAAGAAAUUUUGUCGGUUGCCAGUAGUUUGGCCAUGAGUGGAUGCUUGUUCUUGGGGGAACUGCCUGCAUGGUUGGCAGAAACUGAAAUUGGCGUCAAGCCCAGUGCAGAGAAAUGGAUGAACAGGCUCUUCAUGAGCAAUGGGUUCCGAGUGGACAUGAUUGGCUAUGAUGAAGUUGCUAAGAGUUUAGGAAAGGAAGUAUCACCAGGAGAAUACAAGAAUAUAUUAUUUGUCGCAGAACAAUUGCAAUUUUCAGAUGAUCAGAUGGAAUUUUGGAGGAGAGAAUUGCAAAGGGUUGAGGAGGAAGGGGAUGAAGAAGGGUUCGAGGAGCUCUAAAUUUAAACAAAGAACUGCAUUACAUUAACAUCCUUUCCUCUCUCUCUCUCUCUUGGCUCUUCUACUUCACUAUCUUUUUAGCAGUUCUUCAGAACGUGUUAACCCAAAAUAGAAGGUUUAUGUAAUAAAGUGUUCCCAAGUUUCUUUGGACCUCCAGUCCAAGUGGCACGUCUCCCUUUUUGUAUAUAGAGAGGAUUCGAACUACAUGAAAGCAUUUUGGGAUGGAGAGAGAUAAAGGGAGAAGCUGCAUUGCAUAGUCCUGCAACUGAAUAAAAGCAAAGAGCACUGAUUUCUGGGAUUCGGGAAGAAGAUCGCAUCCGGUGUUUGGUUAUUGCAGUCUUAGGUGUAAUUGAAUGAAGAACAGCUCAAUAAAUUUCAGUUGUCAUUUCA